AUGACGACUCUACAAGUAUCUCCUGCUCAAAGCCCAAGGCUAUGCCAAGAAUUAUAUGACAUGAUCGCGGACAAUGUUGCAGCAGGAAACACUGCGCGGGAGGAUUUGCACGCAUGUAUGCUCACCUGCCGUGCAUUCGUGUCCCGAACCCGCACUUAUCUCUUCUCAACGCUAAGGCUGAAGCCGCGGACAAAUAUACGGCAAUUUGAAGCGAUUUACACAUCUUCUGGACUACUCCCGUAUGUCCGCGAAAUAGAGAUCUGCGGGUGCCUCAUGGUGGGCUUGUGGGACCAAGACGAAUGCUCAGGACUGCGGGCUGGCACGUACGAGCCUGAUCACGCGUGGAUCAGCAACGUGCUGCCAUUCUUGACGAGGUUCCAGGGUAUCCAAACACUGCGGUUAAUUGACCUCAGCUGGGGUGACGUUCCGCAAGAAGCAAGAGCCCUCCUCCUCGCACACUUCACAUCUGUCUCUCGCCUUCACAUCGACAUCGUCGACUUCUGGAACUCCAACCAGCUUCUGCGCACACUGCAGGCAUUCCCCCACUUAUCAUCCCUGAAAACGGAGCGACUCUCGUUUCACAAGGCAAGUCAUACUCGCCGUCAAAUUUCCAGCCCGUCCCCUCUCAGCCUGCGCACGCUCGAGCUACGAAAGCCAGACUGUGCACGUUACGGCCCACUAUUUCAGUGGCUAGUGGGGAGUCGGGCGAGUGUCACGGUCGAUAAUGCGUUCAUUCACUGGGAUGACACGGACGUGGAUAGCCUCUUCGCCUUAAUUCGGAAGAUUGCUCCGACUUUGAGAAAUCUAUCCUACGAGCAAUGUUCGCGAGUCUCUCGGAUGGAUUUCGAGGACGAUGCGACGCCUCCCGACAAUCGAUUCCAGGACGGAGACAUGCCCCAGCAGUACUACGACGCUCAGGCUGCAGGCAACGAUGACGACGCCAUAACCGGCGAUGAUGAUCAUUCUAACAUCGAUGGCGGUCUUGACCUGGAUGGCAUGGAAGACUAUUCGAUAGACCUCGACGACGAUGAAGUCGAGGAAAAUUCUACCUCGGAAUUCGACGCCGAGUUCAAGACGAUCAUAGACGAAGACACGGCGAACAGAGCAGGCAUCCUCGCUCUGGAAACAGAUCCCAUCCGUGAUAGUGCCCUGGAACGAGUCGCCGCUUCUAUUCAUUGGUCCCCAAUGGCACCCCUCGCAGUCAAGCUGCUCACGCAAUUAAUUUCCCCACGUACGACCCUCUUCGUGAUCCGCAUCAUGCUUCCCUUCCCGGAGAACUGGAUUUUCAUGGACUGGCCCACGCUUGACUCCGUCCUUGCAUCUGUCAGCAUUCCGAAGGGGGUCUGCGGCGCAGUCUUCGAAUUACAACUCAUGGUGCCUUCGCCUGUUUGUCCCGCGGCCCCUUUGGCGGCUCGAGCUCUUACACAGACUUAUUUGCCACGCGUUAUAUCGAACAAAGACCUCAAGGUUUAUGUCAUUUUCGAGCGGCCGCCCACGCCUUGUACAUCGAGUGUCUGA